AUGCUCCGCGCUGCCAUCGCCCGCCGCGCGGGCCCGGCUGCCCGUCGCAUGUACUCGACGCCGACCACCGGUGCUGCCGGCGAGAACGCGUUCGUUCGCGAGCGCCGCGCCGUCAAGGAGCACGCCGCCCAGACGACCAACCUGUGGAAGAAUAUCUCCAUCUUCGUCGCCAUCCCUGCCCUGGCCGCGUCGGGCUACAACGCCUAUCUCCUGUAUAAGGAGCACUGGGAGCACUGGGAGCACCUCCCCCCUCUGGAGGAGCGCACCGAGUACCCAUACCAGAACAUCCGCACCAAGAACUUCGUGUGGGGUGAUGGUGACAAGACUUUGUUCUGGAACGAAAAGGUCAACUACCACAACAAGGACAAGGUCGCUUAA